UGGUCUGCAGGAUUUUGAACUGUGGGACAUCUGAGUCGGUAACAACAGAUGCCUCCUACGGAGAGGGCACUGGGAAGAUCUGGCUGGAUGGGGUGAAGUGUAAUGGGACAGAGCCUGCUCUCGACCAGUGCCCUGCCAGCCCAUGGGGGCUGAAUAACUGCUCCCACACAGAGGACGCUGGAGUCUCCUGCACAGGCCCGGUCCCCGUCCGGCUGGUGAACGGGAACAACAUUUGCUCUGGGAGAGUCGAGGUCUAUCAUAACUCUACCUGGGGCACCGUCUGUGGCAGGAGCUGGAAUAAGAUGGCGGCAGACGUGGUCUGCAGGAUUUUGAACUGUGGGACAUCUGAGUCGGUAACAACAGAUGCCUCCUACGGAGAGGGCACUGGGAAGAUCUGGCUGGAUGGGGUGAAGUGUAAUGGGACAGAGCCUGCUCUCGACCAGUGCCCUGCCAGCCCAUGGGGGGUGAAUAACUGCUCCCACGCACAGGACGCUGGAGUCUCCUGCACAGGCCCGGUCCCCGUCCGGCUGGUGAACGGGAACAACAUGUGCUCUGGGAGAGUCGAGGUCUAUCAUAACUCUGCCUGGGGCACCGUCUGUGGCAGGAGCUGGAAUAGGAGUGAGGCGGACUUGGUCUGCAGGGUGUUGAACUGUGGGACAUCUGAGUCGGUAACAACAGAAGCCUCCUACGGAGAGGGCACUGGGAAGAUCUGGCUGGAUGGGGUGAAGUGUAAUGGGACAGAGCCUGCUCUCGACCAGUGCCCGGCCAGCCCAUGGGGGGUGAAUAACUGCUCCCACGCACAGGACGCUGGAGUCUCCUGCACAGGCCCGGUCCCCGUCCGGCUGGUGAACGGGAACAACAUGUGCUCUGGAAGAGUCGAGGUCUAUCAUAACUCUACCUGGGGCACCGUCUGUGGCAGGAGCUGGAAUAAGAUGGCGGCAGACGUGGUCUGCAGGAUUUUGAACUGUGGGACAUCUGAGUCGGUAACAACAGAUGCCUCCUACGGAGAGGGCACUGGGAAGAUCUGGCUGGAUGGGGUGAAGUGUAAGGGGACAGAGCCUGCUCUCGACCAGUGCCCGGCCAGCCCAUGGGGGGUGAAUAACUGCUCCCACGCAGAGGACGCUGGAGUCUCCUGCACAGGCCCGGUCCCCGUCCGGCUGGUGAACGGGAACAACAUGUGCUCUGGGAGAGUCGAGGUCUAUCAUAACUCUGCCUGGGGCACCGUCUGUGGCAGGAGCUGGAAUAGGAGUGAGGCGGACUUGGUCUGCAGGGUGUUGAACUGUGGGACAUCUGAGUCGGUAACAACAGAAGCCUCCUACGGAGAGGGCACUGGGAAGAUCUGGCUGGAUGGGGUGAAGUGUAAUGGGACAGAGCCUGCUCUCGACCAGUGCCCGGCCAGCCCAUGGGGGGUGAAUAACUGCUCCCACGCACAGGACGCUGGAGUCUCCUGCACAGGCCCGGUCCCCGUCCGGCUGGUGAACGGGAACAACAUGUGCUCUGGGAGAGUCGAGGUCUACCAUAACUCUACCUGGGGCACCGUCUGUGGCAGGAGCUGGAAUAAGAUGGCGGCAGACGUGGUCUGCAGGAUUUUGAACUGUGGGACAUCUGAGUCGGUAACAACAGAUGCCUCCUACGGAGAGGGCACUGGGAAGAUCUGGCUGGAUGGGGUGAAGUGUAAGGGGACAGAGCCUGCUCUCGACCAGUGCCCUGCCAGCCCAUGGGGGGUGAAUAACUGCUCCCACGCACAGGACGCUGGAGUCUCCUGCACAGGCCCGGUCCCCGUCCGGCUGGUGAACGGGAACAACAUGUGCUCUGGGAGAGUCGAGGUCUAUCAUAACUCUGCCUGGGGCACCGUCUGUGGCAGGAGCUGGAAUAGGAGUGAGGCGGACUUGGUCUGCAGGGUGUUGAACUGUGGGACAUCUGAGUCGGUAACAACAGAAGCCUCCUACGGAGAGGGCACUGGGAAGAUCUGGCUGGAUGGGGUGAAGUGUAAUGGGACAGAGCCUGCUCUCGACCAGUGCCCGGCCAGCCCAUGGGGGGUGAAUAACUGCUCCCACGCACAGGACGCUGGAGUCUCCUGCACAGGCCCGGUCCCCGUCCGGCUGGUGAACGGGAACAACAUGUGCUCUGGGAGAGUCGAGGUCUACCAUAACUCUACCUGGGGCACCGUCUGUGGCAGGAGCUGGAAUAAGAUGGCGGCAGACGUGGUCUGCAGGAUUUUGAACUGUGGGACAUCUGAGUCGGUAACAACAGAUGCCUCCUACGGAGAGGGCACUGGGAAGAUCUGGCUGGAUGGGGUGAAGUGUAAGGGGACAGAGCCUGCUCUCGACCAGUGCCCUGCCAGCCCAUGGGGGGUGAAUAACUGCUCCCACGCACAGGACGCUGGAGUCUCCUGCACAGGCCCGGUCCCCGUCCGGCUGGUGAACGGGAACAACAUGUGCUCUGGGAGAGUCGAGGUCUAUCAUAACUCUGCCUGGGGCACCGUCUGUGGCAGGAGCUGGAAUAGGAGUGAGGCGGACUUGGUCUGCAGGGUGUUGAACUGUGGGACAUCUGAGUCGGUAACAACAGAAGCCUCCUACGGAGAGGGCACUGGGAAGAUCUGGCUGGAUGGGGUGAAGUGUAAUGGGACAGAGCCUGCUCUCGACCAGUGCCCGGCCAGCCCAUGGGGGGUGAAUAACUGCUCCCACGCACAGGACGCUGGAGUCUCCUGCACAGGCCCGGUCCCCGUCCGGCUGGUGAACGGGAACAACAUGUGCUCUGGGAGAGUCGAGGUCUAUCAUAACUCUACCUGGGGCACCGUCUGUGGCAGGAACUGGAAUGCAAUGGCAGCGGACGUGGUCUGCAAGGUGUUGAACUGUGGGACAUCUGAGGCGGUAACAUCAGGUGCCUCCUACGGAGAGGGCACUGGGAAGAUCUGGCUGGAUGGGGUGAAGUGUAAGGGGACAGAGCCUGCUCUCGACCAGUGCCCUGCCAGCCCAUGGGGGGUGAAUAACUGCUCCCACGCAGAGGACGCUGGAGUCUCCUGCACAGGCCCGGUCCCCGUCCGGCUGGUGAACGGGAACAACAUGUGCUCUGGGAGAGUCGAGGUCUAUCAUAACUCUACCUGGGGCACCGUCUGUGGCAGGAGCUGGAAUAGGAGUGAAGCGGACUUGGUCUGCAGGAUUUUGAACUGUGGGACAUCUGAGUCGGUAACAACAGAUGCCUCCUACGGAGAGGGCACUGGGAAGAUCUGGCUGGAUGGGGUGAAGUGUAACGGGACAGAGCCUGCUCUCGACCAGUGCCCUGCCAGCCCAUGGGGGGUGAAUAACUGCUCCCACGCAGAGGACGCUGGAGUCUCCUGCACAGGUCGUAUCAGGAACCACCUCCAGAAAACCUGCCUGAGCGAUCAAGACCUCCAGAAAACACGAAUUGCCGGAGAGGUUACAUUUACCCUGAUCGGCAGCGAACUUUGUCCGGCUGAUGAGGCAGUCACAAAAGCUUUGGAGAAGCUGAUUGAGAUGCUGCUCUCGUCCUUCGCAGGAAACAACGUCCUGGACGUCCAUGUCAGUUCGCAAGAGAACAGUACGACCUGAGCUGAUCUCUGUACGCCCUGCUGGACAGAUUGAACCCUCUCACCCACCAUUCCCCAUGAAUUAACACCAACACACACACACACUCAUCCUCUACAGGGAGUUAGGAAGGAAGUUGAGAAGCAGGACCUCAAGGGUGGUAAUCUCAAGGUUGCUGCCUGUGCCACACGACAGCGAGGAUAGGAAUAGAAUGAGGUGGCAGAUAAAUGCAUGGCUGAAGAACUGGAGCAGGGGCAGGGAUUCAGAUUUCUGAAUCAGUGGGAGCUGUUCUGGGACAGGUGGGACCUGUACCAAAGGACAGGUUGCAUUUAACCACAUAACAAUUACACCACAGAAACAGGCCGCCUCGGCCCUUCUAGUCUGUGCCGAACUCUUACUCUCACCUAGUCCCACCGACCUGCACUCAGCCCAUAACCCUCCAUUCCUUUCCUGUCCAUAUACCUAUCCAAUUUUUUUUUAAAUGACAAGUGUUUGAAUCCUUGUGGGCAGGUUUACUGGAGCUAGGAGAGGGGGAUGGGAGCCAGUGUGAUCGAGCUGAGGAUGAACCAGCAGGUUUACUGGAGCUAGGAGAGGGGGAUGGG